AUGAAGCCGCUCUUCGCCGCGCUGCUGGCCGGCCUCCUCUGCACGCAGACAGUGUCUUCACUCUUCUGCUUCGUAUGCGACAAAGUGGACGAUAACAACAAAUGCUAUCGAACAAAGCAGUGUGGGGACACCGACCGCUACUGCAUAACAAAAUAUUUUGGUGGAGGUUCUGGUGAAAGACACAGGCAACUGAUCUCCAAAGAUUGCUCUGCCCAUUGUCCUUCCAUGGAACUCGAUAUCGGCUUGAUGGCUUUCUCAGUGAACUGCUGUGAAGAUUCCUUCUGCAAUACGAGUGGGGCUGUCAGUGUGAAGACGAGUUCCUUGUUGCUACUGGUGGGCUCCUUGGCCAGUAUCUUCUACAUCAUGGGAGCCAAUCUGUGA